AUGUUGAUGCCAUCUCAGUCACCAACAUCGACUACCACUAUUCAAACAUUACCUUCAGAUCAACAACAGCAACAAGAAUACGUCGAUACAUUAAACAGUCAAGCGAACAGUACAGUUAUAAAGUUUCGACGAGAAAAAUCAAUGGAAUUCGACGAUGAUACGAGAUUUAUUGGUAAUAUCAAUGAUGAUAUCAAUAAUAAUCAUUCAACAUUUGUAUCAACAGAUGAAAUGAUCAAAUUAGAAUCAAAUCACUCAUCACCAGCGUCAAGUAUCGAUGAAGACCCACAAUUAGUAAUACAAACUCCAUCAUCAUCAGUUCACUUAACAAGUCCAACAAACAGUAGUCUAAUGGUUCAUGCACAGAAACUUCCCUCGAAUCGUCGUUCGGCUCGACCAUCAUCGAACCAUCGAUCAACUAAUGAAAAUGAACAUAGUACAUUGAUAAAUGUCAACGAACCUGAUCCGAAUGUUUUUCUAAUAUCAUCUGAUACAAAUUCUCAUAAUACAAUAAGAAAAACAAAACAUGAUGUUAAACGCUUCGUUGUGUACAUAGAUGAACAAUUCGAAGAACGAAAACCUUUACAUACAGUAUCAGCUGAAUCAUUAUGUCGAUAUUUAAAACAUUAUUUUGAAAAUACAAAAAAAUUCGAUGGCACACAAUAUGAACCAGAUACAUUAAGAAGUUUUCUACUAAGUAUUGAACGUUAUUUAAAAAGUAAAAAAUAUGAAUAUAAUUUAAUGGAAUCGCCAUUGUUUCAAUCAUGUCGACAAGUGAUCAUGACUAAACGCGAACAAUGGAAAAAAAUGGGUGGUGGGAAUCAUUCAAAUAGUCAUCAUCAUCAAUCAAAACCAUCAUUAAUUUUGUCUAAUAUAAAAAAUUUAACCAUAUUUGAUCGAACAAAGCCUGAUGGUUUAUUACUUGAAAUGUAUGUUCACAUAACCAAACUUUGCCAAGAUAAAGUUCUAGCGAUACCACAAUUACUUUGGAGUGAUAUUGAAUUAAUCGAUGAACAAUAUCUUAUAUGUCGUCAACAAAAAACAGAAAAUCAAACGAUAAGACUUUAUGCAACGUCAAGUCAACCAUCGACAUGUCCAGUACAAGCUUAUCGUCUGUAUGCAACUCACCGACCACCACAAUGCAAUACACCUCAAUCACCUUUUUUCCUUCUGCCACGUACUUCUAGUACUCAUCAUAUUUGGUAUAAAACUACAGCAGCUGCUAAAACGUUUGAACAAGUUCUUCAACUCGCUAUUCGUCAUAGUACACUUUCGAAACAAACAUCAUCUCCAUCAUUGUUAUCAAAUUUAAAGACGAACGAACGUUCAUCAAAUUCUUUCCUAAAUGAUAAAUCAUCUCCGAUAUCGAUACUUAAUGGAAAACGCACUGAAACACGAAUAUCAUCUCCUAAUUUAUUACCAUCAUCAAAAAGAAUAUAUUCAUCACCUUCGUUAGUACAACCAUUGAAUCUCGUUGUUACAUCAAGUAAUACGAUACCAGAAGAGGAUAGUGGUACAGCAUCAUCAUCGCCAACAAAUUCAUUAUCAAAUGAUGUUGCUUAUUUAUCUGUAUUCAAUAAACAUGCAUCAUCAUCGGCAUCGAUUACUAAUAUAUUUCAUAAACAAUCAUCAUCACCACCACCAACACCAACAACAACAACAACAAAUUCUAUUUGGGAUGAAAGUGUCACUGAUAUACUAUUAACUGUUGCAAAACAACGUGAUACACGUGUAGUUAAAAUAAAUAUUCUUCGAACAUUUUUAGAAGAAAAAUUAGGUGUCGUAGAAUUUCUAUGCCUUUAUCGUGGAUUUAAAUCUGAACCAAAGUUAACAUUUUAUGGUACACCAUGGGAACAUUAUCAACGUUUUUUACCUGUCCUUUUUACGUUACUUACACUUGACAAUACGACUGUUUAA